CCAUGUACUGAGAAUAGACGCUAACCGGCUAACAGCUAACCUAUCAUUUCCAAAAGUGCUCUAAAUAAAAGUGAUUACCGUAAAAAAUUAAUGACUGAGAAUUGACAAUGCGUAAUAUAGAAAUAAAAGCAAGAAUCGAUGAUCCGGCAGUUAAAAUUUCUCGUGUUAAACAAUUAACUACUGACGAGGGUAAAAUAAUCAAGCAGCAUGACACGUUCUUUAAAAUACCAAAUGUGACACAAUACGAAAAUACGAAAUUGAAAUUACGAAGAUUCGAGGAUGAUUCUGGGGAACUAAUUUAUUAUCACAGGGCUAACACGCUAGAUCCGAAACUUUCCACUUAUGAAAAGACAUCUCUAGAUCUGAAUGCUUGUGCUGGUAUCGAAAGAAUUUUAUCUGCAUCAAACGGUUGUUUGGGUAUUGUGAAGAAAACUAGGAUAUUGUACAUGGUUGGUCAAACCCGGGUACAUAUCGAUGAAGUUGAAGGCUUGGGGAACUUUUUAGAAUUAGAGGUAGUCCUGACGGAUGAACAAGAUACAAACGAUGGACAAAAGAUUGCUGAGGAUCUAAUGACCAAGCUGGAUAUAAAAAGCGAAGAUUUGAUAGCCAAUGCAUAUAUCGAUCUACUUACUGACAAAUAA